CGGGUGCCAGUCUUGUAGUCGCUUCCUUCCAUCUAGCCCCAUCAUGCCCAUUGACAUCAACCAACUCCGCGUCGAGCGCGGUGGCAACCCCGACAUCGUCCGCGAGAGCCAGAAGAAGCGCUUCGCGAGCGUCGACCUCGUGGACCAGGUCAUCGCCCUCGAUGAGGAGUGGCGCAAGAAGAACGGCGAGUGGGAGACGAUGAAGAUGAACAUCAACGCUCUCCAGGCGCAGAUCAAGGACCUCGUCAAGGCCAAGAAGCAGGACGAGGCCCAGCCGCUCAUCCAGAAGCGCAAGGACAUGGCGGCCUCGGAGCCGGCAGCCAAGGCCGAGGCCGACGCCAUCAAGGUCGUCGUCGAUCGCGAGCUCAGCAAGAUUGGCAACCUCGUCGACCCGUCGGUGCCCGUCUCGCAGAACGAAGAUGACAACGAAGUUGUUGCUACGUGGGGUGCGUGCCGCCCCCACGACGAUGCGCUCCACUACCACCACGAAGUGCUCCACCGCAUUGACGGCUACGAGCCGGAGAAGGGCGUCGCUGUCGCGGGCCACCGCGCGUACUUCCUCAAGGGCUACGGUGUCAUGCUCAACCAGGCGUUGAUCAUGUACGGCCAGGCGUUCCUUAUGAAGCGCAAGUACACGCUGCUCCAGCCCCCGUACUUUAUGAACAAGGAAGUCAUGGCCGGCGUCGCGCAGCUCUCGGAGUUUGACGAAGCCCUGUACAAGGUCACGGGCGCCGAUCCCUCGGAUGAGAAGUACCUCAUCGCGACGUCGGAGCAGCCCAUGUGCGGCUUCCACAAGGAUGAAUGGAUCACCGAGUCGUCGCUCCCGAUCCGGUAUGCUGGUUCGUCGACGUGCUUCCGCAAGGAAGCGGGGUCGCACGGCAAGGACACGUGGGGUAUCUUCCGCGUGCACCAGUUCGAGAAGGUCGAGCAGUUUGUCUUGUGCGAGCCGGAGAAGUCGGAAGAGAUGCUCCAGGAGAUGAUCUCGACCGCCGAGGCGUUCUACCAGUCGCUCGGCCUCCCGUACCGCGUCAUCAACAUCGUCUCGGGCGAGCUCAACAACGCCGCGACCAAGAAGUAUGACUUGGAAGCGUGGUUCCCGGCGUACGCCGAGUUCCGUGAGCUUGUCUCGGCCUCCAACUGCACCGACUACCAGGCGCGUGCGAUGGAGAUCCGUUGCGGCGGCAAGAAGAUGAACCAGACCGAAAAGAAGUACGUGCAUUUGCUCAACGCGACGCUCUGCGCGACGACGCGCACGAUCUGCUGCAUCUUGGAGAACAACCAGACGCCUGAGGGUGUCCGCGUCCCGGACGUGCUCGUCCCCUUCAUGGGCGGCGUGACCUUCCUCCCGUUCGUCCAGGACGCCAAGGUCAACCACCAGGCCGUUAAGAUGCAAAAGGCGGCUGCCAAGAAGAAGUAACUUGUACCUGCAAUACCACGCCUCGUCUUCUCCCUGUA